AUGUGUCGGUGCCGGCGGUCUCUGCUUGGUUGUCAGCCUCCCCUGCUGAUGCUGGUGCUGAUGCUGAUGCUGCUGAUGCUGCUGCCAGCAGCCGGUGCCCAACACGUGUGUGACAGCCACAGCACCACGAGGGAGCCAGCGAACUCUGACAUCACAGUGGAAUGCGGUACCCAGCUGAUGGAGUUGUCCAUCCUCCUGUGCCCCGUCUACUUCGGGGGCUACAACGAGUCCCUCAUGGCUCUAAACGCCCACUUUGGCAACCCGCUCUGCCAGGGGACCCCCGACACCACCGCAGACCCCCCUGUGCUGAGGUUCAACUUCUCCAUCACUGAGGAGUCACUAUCACAAUGCUCCAACAAGCUCACGAUAACCCAGGAGGUUGGGUCGGGCCACUUUUCUGACUACUCUGUGGUCCAGUUCGUCAACAUCUCGGGCAUCAUCAACUCCCGCGACCCGAGUGCAGGAACCAUCACCUACCGGAAGGAGAUGAUGUACUUCUUCUCCUGCAGAUACCCCCUCCAGUACCUCGUCAACAACACAGAGAUGAGAGUGUCGGGAGUCAGCCUGGCCAUAAAUGACAACAACGGCAGCUUCAUCAGCACGCUCAACAUGCGGCUCUUUCAGAAUCAGGACUACUCCACGCAGCUGCAGGUGCCAGACAGUGGUAUUGACCUGAAGACGCGCAUCUUCGUCCAAGUCAAGGCCACAAACCUCACAAGCAGGUUUAAUGUAUAUCUGGAUCGCUGUUACGCCACCACCAGCCCCUACCCCAUCAACAGCACAUCCUUCGACCUGUUUGUAGGGUGUACUCGUGACGCGCAGACGGUGAUCGACAGGAAUGGCGUGACGCAGGAGGCGCGCUUCUCUUUCGAGGCGUUCCGCUUCGUGGAACACAAGAACCAAACCAUCUCCACAUUCUACCUGCACUGCGAGACGCGCCUCUGUGAGACCAGCUACUGUCAAACUCUCACACAGAACUGCCGGAGGAGGAGGAAGAGGGAGGUGCUGACGGAGGAGGGGACGUCUGUGAGUGACAUGGCAACCGUCACUUCCGGCCCCAUCGUCACCAAGCUCGACUCAGAUGAGGAGUUUGCAGGACAUGUAUCUGAAGGUAAUUCUAUCAUCUCUGAAUAA